AUGGGGGAGCCAACAAGCGACCGGGCUGUUGCCAGGACUUGGUCGAAAUUCCGCCGCGUCGUGUCAAAGAACUGGGCCGACCUUAAGAGCUUAGGUGCAGCCACAGCAGCAGGUGUGCUUCCUGAUAUGGGUCAAUCGGCCCCUCCUCUGGAAGAAGUACCCUUUGUGGAGGCUGCAUUCAAGGGGGACCUCAAGCUCGUGUCGCAGCUGAUGUCCGAGGGCGCGAACUUGACGCAGUCAGCACUGUUGCCGGAUUAUGGGGAGGCCUCACCCCUGGGGGCUGCGAUAUGUGUCAACGACAUCGAUAUUGCAAGGCUGCUAAUCGACAACAUGUCACAAGCCCAGCUGGGGAUCCGCUAUGGGCCGCAGAAGCUCACGGCACUCCACCUCGCAGCAGGAAUGGGCCGCGACGAGAUCGCUGAGGCCCUUGUGGCCAAGGGCGCCGAUUUGCGGAUCCCUGAUGCCGCUGGCAACACGCCCCUGGUGCUGGCUGUGCAGAAUUGCCACCUGAGCAUGGUGUGGAUCAUCUGCGAGAAGGCUAAAAUGGCAGGGCUGAGCCAAUACCUGGAUGAGUAUAACAGCAAAGGCCAGACAGCGCUGCAGGUUGCCUGCGAGCUUGGGGAGCUGGCGAUCGUGUCGUGCCUGCUGAAGCAGGGCGCUGACCCCAACAAGCCAACCAAGGGGUGGGGAAAGGGCGGACAGACGCCGCUGUGGGUGGCAGCCAUGGCAGGGCAUGCGGAUUGUGUGCAGACACUGUUGACUUCAGGCACGCGCGUGAACAUCGACAUGAAGACCCGCCGGGGUCUGACGCUGCUGCACUUGGCCGUGCUGAUGGACCACCCCUCGAUCGUCAGCCUGCUGAUGGAGCAUGGCGCGGACAUCGAGACCGGCCAUAUGCGGCUGGAGGAGGUGCUGCAGGUCGGGGAGGACUUCCCGAACCCUCUGCUCCUGGCGUGCGCCUAUGGGAGGCCGGAGUGCCUGCAGGCGCUGCUGAUGGGCCCCCGCGAGGACGUCUCCCGCAUCCUGGAGAAGCCCUGCCGCGUGGACGCCACGGCCGUCGUGGUCGAGCGCCUCGUCGGCCGCGUGCCGGAGGCCGCCCAGACGCCCAUGGCCUGGGCCGUGCAGUUCCCCUGCAAGCUGGUGCGCAAGUCCCUCCGCGUGAUGGGCAUCGGCGGCGAGGUCCAGUUCACCAGCGGCGCCGAUGCGAUGGACGCCCGCCACGCGGAGUGCGUGCGCGUGCUGCUCGCGGCCGGGGCUGGGAUCACCGGGGAUCAGCUGAUCGCGCUGAGGGCGGGAUUGGACGCGUUGAGGGAGAAGGGGGAGGGGGAGGCGGUGGUGGGGCGGCUGGAGGUGGUGCUGAGGGACGCCGUGCGACAGUGCGAGGGGUGCGGGGCGUGGGGGGCGUGGCCCGGCGUGGCGCAGGGUGGGCCGAUCUUCUGCUCGGGCGGGUGCCGGACGAAGCGAUGA